AUGACUUCAUCUAGUAUUGACGUCGCCGUCAUUGGCUUAGGAGCUUUGGGGCUUGUCGCGCUUAAGAAUUUGAGGGAGGAGGGAUUCAAUGCGACCGGAUUUGAAAGGAAUACAUAUGUGGGCGGUCUGUGGCAGUUUACAGAGGCCAAGCAAACAUCUGUCCUGGAGUCUACCAUUGUGAACAUCUCGAAAGAGAGGACUUUCCUUUUCCAAAAGGCAAGCAUUGUUGCGGUCGAUCACUUGUUCAAUCCUCCCUGUUGGACUAACCUCCUCCUAGAAACAAACUCCUAUGCCUCUGCGGCCGACGUCCAGAAGUACCUCGCCGAUUACAUGGCUCAUUUUCAACUUCAGCCUCACGUGCAACUAGGUGUGAACGUGUUGAGUGUGACCAGAGACGAACAAAAUCACAAAUGGGUCCUGAACGUUACACGCAACCACAACGACAGCAAUCUUCUCACGUUCGACAAAGUUAUUGUCGCCACUGGCACCAAUCAUACGCCGGUAGUACCAACUCUGAAAGGCCAAGAGUUGUUCCAUGGGCAAAUUUUACAUUCUCGCGACUUCAAAAGGCCGUCAGAUUACAAGGACAAGAGAGUGAUGGUCGUGAGCAUAGGCAAUUCGGCGGCGGACACGUCCACAUCACUGGUAGGGAUUGCCAAAAAAAUUUUCCUGUCUCACCGGCAUGGCGCGUACAUCUUACCCAGGUCGCAGCUCAACGGGCAGCCGUUCGAUCACGGUAUCACGUACCGGAAAACGAUGAUGUCACUCGCGAUGCAGAGAUACGCCCCGCGACUAUUCGAAAUCAUGAGCAACAAGAUGCUCCAGAACCUCCAGAACGCGUCGUUCAAACUAAAGCCCGAAUGGGCCAUCAAUCCUGCACCAUCUCUCGUUCAUAACGUGCCGACCGUGACAGAUACUCUGAUACCAGCUUUGGAGAAGGAUGAGAUCGAGUCUGUUGAGAUGGCGAAAGAAAUUACUGGCAAUGGCACGGUGGAAUUAGCAGAUGGGAAGGUCGUCGAGGUCGACACCAUCAUAUGGUGCACUGGUUAUCACGUUGACUACAGCGUCGUUGGUGAGUUUGAUCCAAUACUCGAUACAAGGCACACAGAUGUGUCAGAUGGAGCUUUCGAGAGAGUGCCUCCACCAACGACUCCGGCGGCCCAACCAAAGAAGUUCGACCCACCGGUCCCGAGACUCUACCAAAAUCUACUCUCCCUCACCCACCCUGAUUCGCUGGCGUUCCUGGGCACAGCGGCGAUUCCGUCGGCGGCAUUCCAAAUAUACGACCUCGCAACCAUGGCUAUUGCGCAAUUGUGGAAGCCAGACCCUUCUUCGCCGUCGCUUCCAUCGCGUCCCGAAAUGAUCACGUGGGUUCGCGACCACCUCGCCUGGGCGAACGCCAUCUUGGCUCGAGGGUCCUUCAACACUCGCAUGGUCCGGGCGCCGGACUGGAACGAUUGGCUCAAUGAGACAUCAGGUUCCAGAGUGAAUGAGUAUUUGGGUUACGGGCUUCAGGGGUGGGCGUUCUGGCUACAGGACAGAAAGUUUUGCAACUUGCUUAUGGAUGGGAUUUACAGUCCACAUGUCUACCGAUUGUUUGACAGCUACGGCAGACGGAAAGCAUGGGCUGGUGCUAGGGAGGCAAUCAUCAGCGUCAACGAAGAAGCCGAACGAACCCUGAAAGAGCUCCUGCAACGCAAAAAGAACGAGCUUCGAUGA